AUGAUCUUGAAGAGAACAUUGAAUGUUGCGACGAACACACUCCUCACACGGUACGCCGCCUUCGCACCGAGUCUUGCCUGCAUGGCAACUGGCACAAGCUCGGCGCGCACGGCUCAGAGGCUCUGUUAUCUUGUGCUGUUUUUGAACGUGGCGUCGAAGCGUGUCACUAAAAUCGACGUUUUAUAG